CGGGGGCGGGCGGGGCUCGGCGAGGUCUGUGCGGUGCCCGCUCCGACACGCAGCCCCUUCCCUCCCCGGGCUCAGGCGCCUGCGCCGGAGUCACGCCGGAGUCACACCGAUGGGGCCUGACACGCCUCGGUUGGCAAUAGCAGCCUGUCCAGGGGUACCCUAAUGUCAGGCCGUUACUGAAGGGACAGGUCUGGGGCCACCGCCCCGUGCCAGGCGCUGUACAAACACCAUCUCACCUGCUGACAGGAGGGAGAAGCCGGCGGAGAGGAGCCGGAGCCUGCACCCUGUAGGUGCACGCACCUUAGACACAAGCCUGUCAGCAGUUCGCUGUGCGAAGUAACAGACUGGAUGUGGUGGAAUACCCCACAGUGCACCAGCACCCAGAGUGGUCUCAGCACUGAGGAAUGCACCCCACCAAUACGACAGCAGCAGUCCUUCCUUCUCCCUGCCUCUGCAGCUCUGCUUUCCUCUCCCUGCGUCCAGGCAGAGCUCCUUCACUUCCUGGACAAAGCGGAUUUGUGGACUGGGGCCUAUAGAACGUAGAAGAUCGCAACAUGGACAAAAAACUCCAUUACAUUAAAAAAGAGCUGCUCCGAAGGGAAAUUCCUCCAGUCUUGUUGGUGCUGCUGCUUCUAGCUGUGGUGCUCCUGAAUUUCCUUCUGUACAUGCAUCUCAACAAUUUCUCUGUCACCACUGGGCAGCCUGACGUGGACUCCAGCCUCUGCCCAUUUGGGUACUUCAGAUUAGGACCAUUGAAAAAUUGCUCGCCCUGGCUGUCUUGUGAAGCCAUAAAUACAGAAGUCAGGAAACUGAAGUGUGUUGGUGAAGGGGCUGUGAAAAAGGUCUUUCUUUCCGAAUGGAAGGAAAACAAAGUAUCCCUUUCCCAGCUCGCCAACUCAGAGCUGGAGGAAGAUUUUCUUCAUGGACUGAAGAUGCUGAAGUCUCUCCAGAGCAAGUAUGUUGUCAGACUGCUUGGCUAUUGCGAGAAGCAGUUCACAAUCCUUACCCAGUAUCACCCAUUAGGCUCCCUGAAGAACCUAAAUAAAAUGCUGGACCUUCCCAAAUAUAAGGGCUUGAAUACUUGGCAUCGCAGAUUCAUGCUUGCAAUAGACUACGUGAGCAUUAUCCAUUAUUUGCACAACAGUCCUUUGGGCACCUUAGUAAUGUGUGAUUCCAAUGACUUGGACAAGGUGUUAUCGCAGUAUCUGCUGACAAGUGACUUUCACGUUCUAGUGAAUGACUUGGAUGCCUUGCCUCUCGUGAACAAGAGUGUUGGCAGGCUGGUGAAGUGUGGCCAUUGGGAGCUCCAAGGCGAGUUUGUAGCUCCUGAACAGCUCUGGCCCUAUGGGGAGGAGGUGCCAUUUGAAGACGACCUCAUGCCUCCAUAUGACGAGAAGACGGACAUAUGGAAAAUCCCUGAUGUCUCCAAUUUUUUCUUGGGGCACGUUGAAGGAAGUGAUAUUGUCAGGUUCCAUUUGUUCGACAUCCAUGCAGCAUGUAAGAAGAAGAACCCAGCUGAAAGGCCUUCCGCCCAGAUGGUCGUGGACACAUAUAGGAAAAUUUUAACAUUGCUGCUCAGAGAGGCUGCUAUGCCUGGUACCAGGGAAAUGUUAUAAAUAACUGUAAGAAGACAUACAUGUACUUUGAUUUUAUGUCCUUUUAUUUAUUUAGCACCCAUAGGGUGCUAUGUCCUUUACAAACUGGUAAUGGGACAAGGUCCCUACCCAAAGAACAAAGGAGACAAAAUUUACACUAGUGAUGGUUUGAAAAAAGGAAAGGAGCAGGAAACACACUGCCUUGAUUUUCAAGUCAUUGCCCACUUACCAGUUAUAUUCUCACAAAGACCCUUUGGAGAAAGAGCAUUGUUUUCCCACUGCUGUGUGAAGUGACUAGCACACUCAUACACAAUAAUCAUUUUUCUCACAUAACUUCAUUCCACUGAGAUUUUGCUAGUUUGGCAUCUGCAGAUUAGAAACUCCCUCUCUUCCCCCUGCACCCCAGAAAAAUCCCACCACCUUCAAAGUAGAAAUGAAGUACUAUCUCUUUGCAUUCACCUUUCCAUGACAAUGUCCUAAUGAGCCAACGGGCAGGUGGUGUUAACAAUGGAAAACGAUCUCUUCCUUCGACACUCAAGUAGUAUAAUUAAAGGAAGGGCUGGAAAAUACAAAUCCUUCUGUAUUUUGCAUACAGAAUUCUCUGAAGGCCUGAUCCAAAGCCCACUGAAGUCAAUAGAAAGACUUCUUUGGCUUCAUAGAGCUUUGGAUCAGGUUUUUAGUGCCCAGAUUCUAUGGUUAUGGGCUUGAUAUAAAUACCUGGACACAGCAUUAUCAGGGAACAGAAAUGCCUUACUACAGCAGCAGAGUUUGUUUUCAGCAAUUCAGUUAUGCCCACACUUCCUCAAUAGGCAUAUUGGACAUAUGUAGAGUAUUAAUGAUGUCAGAUGGACUUUACAGUUAUGUACCUCAUGACUUAGUUUUCUUUCAAAUACCUAGGAAUAGGCUGGAGUAACUGCCAUGUUGUGUUGAGUUUGGAUACAACCUGUGGCAGAGGAGAUGCACACUGUACUCUCUUGGAGAGUUUACUUUUGUUCCUUCUUGUUUUGCUCUUCUCCUUUAAUCUAAAACAAGCCUGAAAAUGUAUGGCUGAUUUUUGGUAUGGAACAACAUACCCCACACACUAUGUGUGGGGAUCUCCGAGUCAGAUUGACAGCUAAUCGUUUGCUCACCAGCUGAAAAUAUAGCUUUCAAAUAUUUAAAUUUUAAAAAGUGGGAGCAGAGAUCUUGUAUUGGUGAUAUUGGUGGCCAUUCUCCUGGUUAAUUGUGAUCAUGUGCGGACAGAUUAGCAUGACUGUUUAGUAAGACACAGUCUGCUUGUCAUGGAGGCUUGUGAUUUAUAGCUUCUAGCCUAGCCAGCUAAGAUGCAAGAGAAGUUAUCUUCUGUGGAGGCCUACGAGUAUUAUGUUGCUAUGUUGACAACAGAUGUAAAAAUCUUGCUUAUAAAUGGGAAAGCUUUUCUGUAAAUGGCUAUGUUAUAGUUGCUCUCAUCUUGUGCUAGUGUCUCUUUUAAGGAAGUCUGCCUUGUUAUUUUCAUUUCUUUGAUUAUCCAUGUUCAGUUUGGCUUGUUACAUUAUAUGGAUUUUUGUCAUGUGCCCCUAUUCCCCCAGCCUACUCAUCAGCCUACUCAUCAGAAGCCUCCUCAUUGCUCCGCUGCGAAGGAAGCAGGGGGCAAAGAUCAUAAACCAAGAUUUUCAAAAGAGACUUGGGAUUUUUGGAUGUCUCACAUCUUUCGCCAUUCUCGAUUUAAAACACCUUAAGGGAGCCUGAUUUAAAAGAAUGCAAAGCAGCAACAGUAUUUAAAAGAAUGCAAAACGGCAAUGGUUGAUUCCUAUGGGACUGCUUACAGAGAAAGGGGAUACUCAAUGUGAGUAAAGGUAUCAGGAUCUGCUUCUGUAUUAACUGUAUUGAUCCGAGUUAAAUAGCUUUCUUUUUAGUCAGGUAUGAAGGAAAGCUGGAUGUGGUGAGUAAAAGCCGGACACAGAGUUUUAACUGCACGCCAAUAAGUUUAUUGUACAGUUAAAUGGGAUUGCAAGAAAUAUCAAUGUAUGAUGACUAUAAAAUAGACACGUUAUACAUCUGCUGUAAAAAGAGCCCAUAAAACUGUCAGGUUUGUUAUACUGAGCUUUCAGUAAGGACCAGAGUCUGUCCUUCUCAUUCAUGUUGCACAGUAUCUUACUUUGCAAACAGCCAUAUUGAUUUCACAGAAUGACGGGGACAGAUUCUGUCCCUAAAAUACUAUUUUGCCUUGGAAAUUUCAUUAGUGGAUGAGGCCAUAAAAGUCUCUCUGGUUUUGCUUACAACUUAAAUAUGAGGUAUUUGUACACACUGACUCCAGGACCCAGAGCCAUCCUCCCCACUGCCUCCCACUGGGCCUUAAAGUUUUCUGCCAGUGUUUUUCAUUUGAAGUUGAGUACCAGUGAUGAAUUAAACCUGGUUUGAAUGUGCUAUUGUGUGUUUAAAAAAUAAAAAUCCUUGUAU